AUGGUCACUCCCGUCACCGCCGACGAAACGCAUUCGCCGCUCCUCUGCCAAACACUGUUAAUGAAUCUACUCCGCCUCAGCCCAGGGCUCCCCACGUUCUACACCCACCUCUUGUCCUCUCAACCUCUGCCUGCGCAGCCGCCCCACCCAGUUUCUCUCGCCUACGCCCUCCUUUCCCCACUCCAACGCGCCGCAGCAGCAACGUCCAUAAAUGCACCUUCCUCCAGCCCUGCGCCAACCCAGUCCUCGUCCUGCACCCACCCUCCAAAUCCGACUCCUCCUCGACGCACAACAACAACGACGCACACUGCCUGCAAUCACCCGCGCCUAGUGCCUUGUCCGCACGCUUUCCUUCCUCCGCUCGCCUCUCCCUGCUGCGAAACACCCCACACGCAUCCUCGACAGGCACCCUCUUCAGCGCGCAACACGCAACACAACACAACUAUCGAAUACGUCAGCACGCGCUUUAACGCCACGACAAACACCAAAGCCCGCCUCGCGCCCCUUUCCCCCCCAAACACUGCACUGCCCAACCACCCCUCAAACGUUCCAAGCCUUUAA